AUGUCUGCAAAUUCCAUGCAGGCGUUUCUGAUCUUACCGCUAUUUAUGUGGUGCUGUAAGGGCAUAUCAUCAAUUCAAACACUAAACUGUAGGCGCUGCAACUGGCAAUGCUGGAGUACUGAUGGGAUGCUACUGCUCCCGCUGCUAUAUUAUAGUUCGCAAGCAUCAAAUUUGAUAAAGAAGUUGAACAUAAUAUUAUCAUCACACAGCAGCUAA